AUGAAGAAGUCGCUAAUGAGGGGACGCGGCAAAGAUGCGAUGGUACUGUUGGUGAGCGGCGGAAAGGAAGGUGGAAAAUGGGUGAUUCCUGGUGGCGGCAUUGAGCAGAACGAAUGUGCGGAAGAAGCAGCUCGACGUGAACUGGAAGAAGAAGCUGGCGUGAAAGCGCGAGCGGUGGAAGUGAUAGGACUUUUUCAGGGCGAACAUGGACGACGGCGAAUUUGGUUGCCGUUGAAUGUCGGCGCCGAAGUUGUCAAAGUAGCACACCGACCAAUUCUGAAUGCCGUACUGGCGCGGUAG